AUGAAUUCUGUACUCCUGUCAUUGGUGGUUCUCCUGGCUUUAACCAACAUGUCCACGGCUAUCGUCUGCACACCAGCUCUGUGCGAAGGCGCCAAAUGCACCACGUACACAGAAGAAAACUGCGCCGGCAAGGUAGUGGAGAAGGGCGGGUUCUGUGGUUGCUGCGACGCCUGCUAUGGUGUUUUGAACAAAGGAGAUGACUGCGGCCCAUAUCCCUUGUUGGGAGUUCCUAGAUACGCCGUUUGUGCUGAUGGCCUUACCUGUAGUGACCUCACCGGCAAGUGU